UAGCUAAUCAAGCCAUAUAUGAUGCUCGAAAUAUUACAGAAGUUCCUUAUUAAAUGUAUUUCUGUAUCACUGACCAUAGAGACACGAUUAAUAUAGACCUAUAGAGUUGCUAGACCCGAUCUCUGAUCUUUUGUUGAGUAUAAGCAAACUUUCUGGACGUUAGAAAAUAUACCUUGCUGGCAAGUUAUGCAGAAAUGUGAAAGGAAGGACGCAAAGUUCGAUACAAAUCUUAUUAAUAUAACUGAAUCAUUGAAACUGUGUCACCAUAUUUAAAUGUAUUUUGGAACCACGGUCUAUCGUUAAUUCGUUUUUUACCCACAAGCCAAAUCGUGUGAAGUGUGAAAUCUACCAACUUUUUCGACGCUUGGCAGCAUUGCCAAGUUGAAUUUUCGGGAUGUUAAUCAUCCUAACCUCAAAUUUCAAAUAUAACCUAAAAAUAUAAAACAUUUCAAUAUUUUCAAACGUUUUCACAAAAAUGGGAAAGAAAAAUAAGGAUAAAAAGAAAGGAAAGGGGGCCGAGAAGACACAAGUAAAAACAGAUAAAAAACUGUCAAACAAAAUGAAGAAACAGUUACAAGCCAUUGGUGAAGAUGAUAUUGAAAGCAUAGUCGCACAGAUAGAACAAGAAGAGAAAAAAAGUCAGCAAGUAACAGAAGUGACCUUAGGUCCACCUUCUCGAAGACUAAAUUUUAGUUUUGUAGCACAUCCUGACAAAGAGCAACUAAUCCUGUAUGGUGGAGAGUAUUUCAAUGGCCAAAAGACUUUUGUAUACAAUGACCUGUUUUUCUACAAUAUCCCAACAAACACCUGGACAUUAUGCAAAGCCCCAGGAGGACCACCUCCAAGAUGUGGCCAUCAAAUGGUAGUAACUUCUGCUAAUAAAGGCCAACUAUGGAUUUUUGGUGGAGAAUAUGCCUCCCCAACACAAUCACAAUUCUACCACUACAGAGAUCUAUGGGUCUUGCACUUGGCCUCCAAGCAAUGGGAAAAGAUCACAGCUCCAAAUGGACCAAGUGCUAGAAGUGGACACAGAAUGGUUUUUGUUAAGAAGCAACUAUAUGUCUUUGGUGGUUUCCAUGAUAACUUAAGGGACUACAAGUAUUUCAAUGAUGUGUAUUGCUUUAAUACAGAGACAUAUAAGUGGUCCAAAAUAGAACCAAGUGGAACACCCCCUCAACCAAGGUCAGGGUGUUGCAUGGUAGCACUGAGUGAUGGUAGGAUAUUAAUUUAUGGUGGCUACAGCAAAGAAAGGGUCAAGAAGGAUGUUGAUAAAGGUCAUGUGUACUCAGACUCCUUUCUGCUAACCCCUGAUAAGAAUGACCCUUCAGGGACAAAAUACAAAUGGGUUCAGACUAAACUAGGUGGCAUACAUUUUUCACCAAGGUGUAGUAUGCCUAUAGUGCCGACACCUAACAGUCUGAAUGCCUUUUGUUAUGGAGGUGUAUUUGACAUUGAGGAAGAUGAAGAAAACAUAGCUGGGAACUUUUUCAAUGACUUUUAUCAACUAGACUUGGAAAAGCUUGUUUGGAAGAGUGUUACACUUGUUAAACGGGAUAGGGAAGCAAAGAACCGAAGGAAGAAAGAAAAUGAAGGAGAAAAUGAUCUAGAUAUGGAAGUAGAAAAAAUUGAAGAGAAAGUGGAAGCCACAACCAUAGCAGAUGAUGGUGUAUUCAAAGUAACAGUAGGACCUGCACCAUCAGCACCAAACUAUGCUUCAACAUCUGAAGGUGACAGUGGUCCAAUAAUGUUCCAACCUUCACCAAGGAUCAAUUCAGGAUUGGCUAUCAAACAUAGCAUACUGUAUCUGUAUGGAGGGAUGUUUGAAGAUGGAGAUAAGCAGAUCACAUUCAGUGAUUUUUAUUCGAUAGAUCUCAAAAAGUUGGAUGGUUGGAAGACAAUAAUAGCUGAUGAUACCUCAAAUGUUGAAUGGCUUGGAUCGGAUUCUGAAAGUGAGGAAAAUGGUGAGAGUGAAAGUGAUGAUGACAGUGAUGAGGAAUCCGAUUCAUCUAUGGAAACAAAUUGAUUGUUAACUUAGUUUGUUGAAUAUAUUUUUAAUCCAAUCAGUCGCUAUUUUGAAAAAUAUAAUAAAAAAAUUGUUAUUUCUGCAUAAGAGUGAUAAUUCGGAGACUAAAGAUCUGGUUUUUAAAUAGCUGGUGUAAAUUCGUUUAUCAAGUUCUAGUUAACCAAACCAUAGUAGUUGAUGCAACAACACUGCUGUAUACAUUUGGCCAUAUUUACAAAGCCAAGUGCUUAGAUAACCACCGACUGCUGAUAAUUCUUGUUCGGUGCGUUAGUGUUGCUCUGUGCCCAUUUACACCAUGUGCUAUCCGCUAUUUAAGUGCUUUGCUAGCCACAGUAUGAAUAUAGCAAUUGUGAAGCUCAGUGUUUGUGUUUUGUCAUCCGUGACAAACCCGUGCUACUCUCAAGCAAAAUAUGUUAGAUACUGUGGUUUGACAACCUUCCAUUUAAGCCAUACAUGAUCCUCUGUUCAAGUUAGGAGAUGAAAAAAAAUAUAUAAUUACUAAAAAUCGAUUUUGUGACAGGUGAUUGUUGUACACACAAAGAACACAAAUGCUCAAUGCCUCCAACUGACAAGUUCCAAAGUCAAGCUUUCAAGGUUUUGCGUCACGUUUAAUCACCCUUCAAGUUCCGUAUCUUGUUGCUUAUAGUGUGUCUCUAUCGACUUGGCGUCAUUUUUGAAGAGUAAGUGACGUGUUUCACGGACGUUAAAACUUCGGAAUUUUUUGCUGUCAUACAGCACGUUAAAAAUUGUUUGCGAAUUCAGAGACUUGACUACUUCAGGUGUAGAGUAUCUGAGUGAAUAAUCAAUCACUCCAAUGUUGACUGCGAUGUUCCAUUUCAAAUCUGCCUGAAAGGCUCUAGAGAAAUAAAACACUUAAAGAAUGGAGUGACGUGACAUCAAGCCAUUUGGGGAUUCCUGAAUGAGGAUAGAAUGGUCCCAAACUCUGACAUGUUUGUGAAUACAUCCAUUUCCCCCAGAAUAAUAUGUCCCUUUGUCUAAAUAUGAGUCCAAUGGACUAUGGCAAGACUCUUACUUUUCCCCCGGAGAAUCACGCAGAAAGCGACUAUUUUAUCACUGUUUAUAACUGCCAUUCCCUGAAAGGUUAUAGAAGCAAGCCCACUUUCUAUCAUUUAUUCAACUCGCUCAUUUCAAGAACUGACCCCUUGGAGCGACAGUGGAUGUCAGUCUUUACAGUAUACUGUAUCUGUACUUAAUCACGAUGUACUGAAUAGAUGUACAUAUUAUGUAUGUGAUAUAAUCAAGUCAAUUGAAUUGAUGGUUCAAAAAAUGUGAUAAAUACAAAC